UUAACGCUGUCAAUUGACGGAUCGCUUUGUUGAGUUUGUGCGUUUUGCCGAAAAUCGAUUCGGUUUUGGUUGUGAUCGGUGCGAAAUAAUUGCAAUUUUCUCAACAUUUUCGCUUCUAAAUGAUUGCAUUCCCACAUCAAAAUGGAAAAUAAUCCCGCGCAGCAGAAUAAUGCAGGAGGAUUGCUUCCUCCGCCGCCGCCACCGCCCGAUAUGUUGCUGGUUGGUGGAGUUCCUCCUACGUGGCCACCAGGCCUGAUGGGUGGCGGACCGCCUACCUCCUUGAUGGGACCACCACCGACAUCACUGAUGGGGCCUCCCAAAGGCGUGCCCGCGGAUAUUGGCCCUCCGGGAAGUGAGGAUUUAAACAAAAACCCCCCUCCCCUAAUGUCGCUCAACGUUGGCAAUCCGGCCGAACCGGAGGAACAGAUUGCUAAUAAGAAACCCUCAGAGUUGGUUCUGCCGAAAGCAUUGGAGGACGUUUUGGCGCUGAAGACGCUGCGGGCUAAGGAGUUGGGCGCCGAGGAAGCGCUGGCCACAACCGGAGCGGUUGUCCCACCACCUCCGAUGCUUCCGCCGCCGCUUCCGGCCGGAGUCAUGAGUUCCUAUUUGGACAUGGACGGGGACUCGGAUGACGACAAUCUGGAUGGUUUGGCUCCACCCCCGCCGGUUAUAUCGAAGGCGGAGGGACGGCUGGACCGGAACCGCCGCCGAAAGCAAAGGAAGAAGGAGAACAGGAAGGCGAGGAGGGAACAGCAAGCAGUAGUGUUGCAGCAGCGGGAAAAAGAGAAGGAAGGAGUAAAGGAUGUGGUUGUCCAGGAACGUCCGGCUGAAAAGGAUAAGGAUGUAGGAGCUGAGGCAGAUACUGAGGAUCACGAUGAAGACGAGCCCGAGAAAGAGAAUGGCGAAGUUGCAAAGGAGACAAAUGAAGCCGAAAGAGAUGAAAACGAUCUGAAGGAGAAGGGAGAGGAAAAAUCCAAAGAUAAGGGCAAAGCCAAGGAGAGUAAGAAGAGUAGCGAAAAGAGCGUUGGAACCUUGAUCGAGGACGAGUUGGACAACGUUGAGAUUGAAUACGUUCCGGAGAAAGUGACCAUUGCGGAUCUAGCUCCGAUGUAUCGUCAGUUUUACAGGGUUUUUGAAAUCUUCAAACUAGAAUCAAAGCCUAAAGAACCGACCAAGGCGGAAAUGGCUGAGAACGAGAAAGCCGCCGCGUCCAAGAAGAUGAACGAGAAGGAUGACGACGACGAUGAUGAUGAAGACGACGCAAUGGACGAUGAGCUAAAAGACGAUAAGGAGCGUAUUUCCAAGCGCAAAAUGAAGAAGCUCACUCGCUUGAGUGUGGCCGAACUGAAGCAACUGGUGGCACGACCGGAUGUGGUUGAAAUGCACGAUGUCACCGCUCGGGACCCCAAACUGCUGAUUCAACUAAAGUCUCACCGGAACACGGUGCAAGUUCCAAGGCAUUGGUGCUUCAAGAGAAAGUACCUUCAGGGCAAACGCGGUAUCGAAAAACCACCCUUCGAACUGCCCGCAUUCAUCAAGAAAACCGGAAUCAUGGAAAUGCGCGCUUCCCUGCAGGAAAAGGACGAAUCGAAAACCCUCAAAGCCAAAAUGCGCGAACGGGCCCGCCCGAAAAUGGGCAAAAUCGACAUCGACUACCAAAAGCUGCACGACGCCUUUUUCAAAUGGCAGACCAAGCCCCGGAUGACGAUCCACGGAGAUUUGUACUACGAAGGAAAAGAGUUCGAAACUCGCCUCAAGGAGAAGAAACCGGGCGAUCUGUCGGAGGAGCUUCGCGUUGCCCUCGGUAUGCCAAUUGGGCCGGCCUGUCACAAGAUUCCGCCUCCGUGGCUGAUUGCCCAGCAGCGUUACGGACCGCCACCGAGCUAUCCCAACCUGAGGAUUCCCGGUUUGAAUGCUCCGAUUCCGGAAGGAUGUUCCUUUGGGUAUCACGCAGGUGGUUGGGGUAAACCACCGGUCGACGAGAACGGAAAGCCGCUGUAUGGAGAUGUGUUUGGCAUGAGUGCCAGCGAGAAUGAGAACGGUCUCGGCGAAGAGGAAGUCGAUCGCACCCAAUGGGGUGAGCUGGAAUCCGAAUCCGAAGAAUCCUCCGAAGAAGAGGAAGAGGACGGCGAGGAUCUGGGUGCUCCGCCAGAUGAAAGCGGUCUCAUCACUCCGGCCGAAGGACUGGUCACCCCGUCCGGUCUGACGAGUGGUGUUCCGGCCGGCAUGGAGACUCCGGACACCAUCGAACUGCGCAAGAAGAAGAUCGAAAGCGAAAUGGAGGACAACGAGACUCCGGUGCUGUAUCAGGUGCUGCAGGAGAGACGUGCCGAGCGGGUCGGUGCUUCGAUGAUGGGAUCGACCCACGUGUACGACUUGGCUGGAGCGGCUGCGGCGACCGCUGCUGGUGGAUCCCGUGGUGCCCGUGGAGGAGCACCGGUGGAUCGUGAAGGUAUGGUUGAAUUGGCCCUUGAUCCCUCGGAGUUGGACAUGGACAACGAGGCGAUGGCCCAGCGGUACGAGCAGCAGAUGCGCGAACAGCAGAGUCACCUGCAGAAAGAAGAUUUGUCUGACAUGUUGGCCGAGCACGUGGCGAGACAAAAAUCCAAGCGAAAACGACAGCAGACGGACACCACCAGCAAGCAAACCAAGAAGUACAAGGAGUUCAAGUUCUAAACCAAGAGAUGUGGCUAUUUGUGCAUUGUGGCAAGGUGAGUCUUAUAAAAUAUCUUUUUCAACUAUAUUAUAUGUUUUGUCGGUAGGAUUAAUAAAAGCCUAUCAUUUAUUAGUUGGCUAAAAGGUAGUGCUCUAAACAA